CGUCCAUGGUCCUCUCAAGAUUGGCCUGCCGUGAAAUUUUGACAAUCUCACCACCACGUAUCCGUACUUACCAUUUGCACCUCACCCACGCCUGCCAUCGAGUUUCCAAAGACCGAAGUCCUGCCGCCACUGACUUCCUACAGUAUAAACCACGGGAUAGCGUCACGCCAGAAAAAGAAACGAUGCCUCCUCCAAACCGGCCAGAGCAGCAGGUGGCUUCGGCUCAGUCUGCCGCCAGCGCAGCGUCCGGCGCGGGCGCCGCGCGCAAAGAAGACAACAUCUACAUCCCGGCGUACAUCAGCAAGCAGCCAUUCUACGUAACGGGGCUCGACGACCAGGACUCGCUGCAGCAUCAGCGGUCGCGCGUGACAGGGGAAGACGAGAAGGUGACGGUAAUAGAAAAGCGGACCAAGGCACCUGCGCGGACAAAGUGGAUCAAGGGGUCGUGCGAGAACUGCGGCGCCAUAGGCCACAAGAUGAAGGACUGCCUGGAGCGCCCGCGCAAGGUCGGCGCGCGGUUCACGGGGCGCGACAUCCAGGCCGACCGGGUGGCGCGCGACGCGAAGCUCGGCUACGAGGCCAAGCGCGACGUCUACCAGACGUACGAUCCCAAGCAGUACCGCGAGGUGCUGGAGGAGUACAACAUGGUGGAGGAGGCGCGGCGGCAGAUGCUUCAGGCGGCAGCAGGUGGUGGCGGGGGGGCCAAAGCCAACAGCAAUGGCGAUGACGAAAACAACAACAAUAACACAGACGGCGGGAAUAAUCAAGAACUAGUACCACGGAAAGACGGCGAGGAAGCGUACGAGGAAGGCUUCAAGUACGCCGACGAAUCCGAGAUGGGGCGCAACCGGGCGAUUAAGCAGUCGAUGCGCAUCCGCGAGGACACGGCCAAGUACUUGCUAAACCUAGACCAGGACUCGGCCAAGUACAACCCGAAGAAGCGGGCGCUGGUGGACCCGGGCGCGAUCGCGGAUAAGUCGUCGCAGAUGUUCGCCGAGGAGAGCUUCCUGCGGGCGUCGGGCGAGGCGGGCGAGUUUGAGCGCGCGCAGCGGUACGCGUGGGAGGCGCAGGAGCGCGCCGGCGACACCAGCCAGCAUCUGCAGGCGAACCCGACGGCGGGCGAGUUUGUGCGCAAGCGCGAGAUCGAGGAGCGCGAGGCUAAGCGCCGCAAGCGCGCCGAGCAGCUGGCGAGCCAGUACGGCGAGCAGCCCGAGGUGCCCGACGCCCUCAAGGCCGCCAUCACCGAGUCCGAGACGUUUGUCGAGUACGACGAGGCCGGCCUCAUCAAGGGGGCGCCCAGGAGAGCCGCCAUAUCCAAGUACCCAGAGAACGUCGUGACGAACAACCACACGGCUGUAUGGGGUAGCUGGUGGUCGGAUUUCAAAUGGGGCUAUGCAUGCUGUCACUCCAUCAUCAAGAACAGUUAUUGCACGGGAGAGAUAGGAAAAACUGCAGGGAAAGAAACCGCGCUGUGGGAUAAAUAGUAGUUACUGUGGCAAGGAAAUUAGAAUGAUACCCCCAACCGCAUUGUCUGUGAUCAAUCUUCAUACUAUUUAUUGUUUGCCAGGUUCAAGAUCCCUUGACUAAGAGAACUUUCUGAAGAAAGAACGACGCACGAUAGUGAAGAAGCCAUAG